CAAAAGCUCCAUACCUUGACAGCUGCUAUCAAAAUAAUGAUCAGCUGCCUCGGUGAAGAUCCAACACGUGAGGGACUAUUGGAUACUCCUCAGCGUUAUGCCAAAGCACUUCUCUCUUUCACCGAAGGAUAUCACAUGAAGGUUGCUAAUGUGAUCAACAAUGCCAUUUUCCACGUAGAUGAAGGUAGUGAUAUGGUAAUUGUGAAGGAUAUUGAAGUCUUCAGUCUUUGCGAGCACCACCUGGUGCCAUUUAUGGGGAAGAUACAUGUUGGAUAUCUUCCCGACGGACGGGUUAUUGGGCUUUCGAAGAUUGCAAGAAUUGUGGAGGUUUUCGCUCGCAGGUUGCAGGUUCAAGAGCGUUUGACAAGGCAGGUUGCAUUAGCAAUCGAGGAAGUGCUGAAGCCACAUGGAGUAGCUGUUGUUAUGGAGUCGAGUCAUCUUUGUAUGAUUAUGAGAGGAGUUCAGAAGACGAAUUCAUCGACGACGACAAGGUGCAUGCUGGGGUCUUUCAACCAUGAGGCUGAUCUGAGGAAGGAAUUUCUUUCUUUGUUGAGAGCGAGAUAA